AUGAUGGAGAAAGGAGACAGUCCCAGUGCUGCAAUUUGCAAAUUAUGUGGGAAUGCGUUUAAACUUCCGGAGGAUGAAACCGAUGGUAAUCUGCCCCGUAUACUUGCAUGCGGCCACAUCUUCUGCACAAACUGCCUUGUGUCUAUUCAGUGUGAAGGUGCCAUAAGAUGUCCAGAUUGUGAGUUUUUUGCAACCCUUCCAGAAGGGGGGGUUAAUGGCCUGCAGGAAGAAAGCAGAAUCAUAGGUCUGAUUUACACUGCUGAGAUGAACCAGAUCAAAAGCCUCCGCUGCAAUGGACCAAAGGUGUGCCAGAAGAACAGAUCAUCACCUCGUGCAACCACUAUUUCCAACAGUGACGUUGUGAAGCAGGCAGCAGACAUUGAGAAGAUUGAGAAGACAGUAGAUGAGUCAUUGGUCCAGGCUGCAGAAAAUCUUGCCCAGUUGGAAAACAUCUAUGAGACCCUGACAGCUGACCUGGCAGAGCAGGUGAAGAGAGAGAGAACCCGACUGGAGAUGGAGAUCACCCAGGCCUCAAAUAAAGCUGUGCACGCGAUUCAGAAAUGGAAAGCUACACAGUUGAACCAGCUAAAAAAAAUGGAGACACGGUUUCCCUCCAGCCAGGCAGUGGUGUCCCAUGUCCAGGAGAGGAUUAAAGCUUUGGAGAUCGCCAUGCAGAUGGCCAGAGAAAUACGCCGGGUUCCCUUCUUGGAGCAGUACUGCAUCCUGGAUAAGGUUUUAGAAACACUGCAGACACCAGUGGAUCAGAUGGCCAUUGAUUUGAAAUGCAUCACUGAUGGAACUGGAAUGAGCUGUGUUUUUCAGUCAGAGAACGUGAGCCGGUGUUUGAUGUUGUCUCUGAAAAUGGAGGCCUGCGGCUCAAACGCUGUAACCAAGCAGCUAGUGGGAAGCCACCAAUCAAACAUCUCCAUCAAAAGCUCUUCAAGGAAACAUUUCAAGCACAGAAACGGCUGCUCCAAUCUACCCAGUAGCAAGCCAGAAAAAUGGGAGCCAGAGAGCCAAGGGGCCAGUAGAUCAUCAGCUCAAGGGACCCAUCUGGUCCCACAACCUGGGCCUAAGAUCAGCCUUUCCCCCCACAGCUCGUUCUCAGACCUUGGAAGCCCAGAUGUGAUUAUUGAGGAAUUUUUCGACGAUAACCCAGAGCCUGUGACUCCAACUGGACCUGAAAUGGCCAACAACGAGUGGAGAACCCAAAAGAGACGAAAAUGUCACCUGCUCCGUGACAAAAAGUGUAAGGAAGUUACUCACUGGGUGGUGGUGACCCAUGUGGUGAAUCCAAGUCACUUCUACGUCCGCUAUGUGGCUGAGAAGAAGGAAAGUGAGGUUCUGUCAAGGAAUAUUAACAAACUCUGCUUUGGAGAAGGUUGCCAGUUUACACUGGGAGACACCAUGGAGAGAGGCUCCGUGGUCUUUGUGAAGUGGAAGGAGGUGGUGUGGUGCCGCGCCACAGUGGUUGAAGUCUUUCAGAAAAGCUGUGUUAAGGCUGUGAAGGCCUGUCCCGUCACCCAGCUGGCCAGUUUGCGGGUCUUCUUCCCAGAUUAUGGGUUCACUAAAAGCAUCACCAUCCAGUCCGAGGAGGCGGCUGCCGAGUCUUUACUUAAAGCUGUGAACAACCACCUGAGGAAAGUGGCUGAAUCUGUGAACAUAGAACUGAAAAACUUUGCUCCUCAGGCCGUAAGAUGUUCACUGAAAGACCUGGUCCCAUAUAACCUGACAGAGGGCUGGAGCGAAGAGGCAAAGGCUGAGUUCUGCUGUGUGGUUGGAUCUGCUGCUGUGGAGAUGCGACCUUUGGGUCAGGACAGAGACUCUUUGUUGGUGGAUCUAAGAAAAGCUCCCUUGGAGCAAUCCACUGACGUUCCCAUCUCCGUCAGGGAGUACCUCGUUUUCAUCGAGGUGGCUAGGUUUUACUCCCCAGUGACACUGGGCAGGAAGCCUCUGAUGUACUACUCGCCUGUGUAUCCGGAAGCCAGUACAGAGCUCGAUGCUGUGGUCAGCCACAUCAACAACCUCUCGGACUUCUACAUCCAGCUGGUUGACAACAUGGAGUCCCUGUUGCUGUCAGCCAAGCUUCAGGAUUACUACAAUGCACUGAAAGACGAGGAGUUCCGGGUCUACUGCCCUGCAAUAGGACAGGCUUGCGUUGCUCGUUUUGAAGACAAGUUGUGGUACAGAGCUCAAGUCAUAAGCCAUCCCGGUGGACGAAAGGUGGAAGUUCGAUAUGUUGACUUUGGCAAUAAGCAAGUUUUGUCAGUCAGUGACUUGAGGAAGAUCAAAGAUGAGUUCUUUGCUCUUCCUGCCAUGGCAGUUCACUGCUGUUUGGCAGACGUUACUCCUUUAGACGGAGAGAGUUGGAGUGAAGCCUGCACCAAAAGAUUCAUCAGCCUUGCUCACCAACAACUGGUCACUGUUAUGGCAAAAGGAAAAGUACCUAAGACUGAGCCUUUGCCCCUUGGAGUGUUUGUGGGUGGAGUGAACCAGCCAAAAACCAGCAUAGCUGAGCUGCUGGUGAAAGAAAAUCUGGUCUCCUUUAAAGAGAGCAAGCAGAGCACCAAAAGCAAAAAGCCUUCUCGUCCCGAAUCCACUGUCUGGGAUCCUCCGCUCGAGCUGGGCGCAGGUGCGGUGAAAGCCGAAUCUUCGGGUCACGUCACUAUUGAGGAGCAAAUCGACGACCCUGUGGAGCUGCAGGCGCAGUUGAAGCUGCCGGAUCAGCGCAAAGACCUCCAAGUCAUGGUCACUCACGUCAACUCACCAAGCAGCUUCUACGUCCGACUCACCAAUUCUGACCCUCAGCUUAAAAGAAUAUGCGAACUGGUGAAGCAGGAGUGUGCCCUAAUGGAGCCGCAAGAAGUUGUGUGGAAGGCGGACAUGUACUGCGCUGCCAACAUUAAUGGAGUCUGGGAGAGAGGACGGAUCUGCAGCGACGUCACAUCAAACAACAUUGCAGAAGUCAGACGGUGUGACCAUGGCAACAAAGUGAAGAUCCACGUCAGUAACCUGUACCCACUUCCGUCCUCUUUGAUCGGCUCCCUGGCAAUAGAGUGUACUGUGAAUGACAUCAGGCCAACAGGCGGCCGAUCGACCUGGACAGACACAGCCUGUGACCUGAUCUCCUACUACCUGACAGGAGCUUCAGCUUUGAUGACAAUCAAGGAGGAGACAGAGGAGCAUCCGUUGCCCGUCACGUUGUCCUGCUCCAACAGAAUGGGAGAGUACAUCAGCAUCGCCGACUUCCUGGUCGACGAAGGCCUCGCCUUCCGGGAAAGAAAGCCAAAGGCCACAGCUGUCCAAAAGCCCAAAGUAACUGAUACCCAGACUCCAGCCACUGACCCAGAAAGUUGUGAAAAAGAGAAAAGCACCUCCCCUCCAUCUGUUUCUCCUUUCCCUUCCACCCAAUCUGCUUCCAUUCCUCCAAAACCAUUCCCUCGCUCAAUUAUAACAGCUGAAAAGGUGAAGACUUCAAUGUACAACCCUCCAGAGCUGCCGUGUCCUGGUCACAUCCUCAUCAAUGUUUCUGCUAUUGGAGACGAUGGUGUCAUUUAUGCCAGAACACAGAGUGCAGAGUAUCAAAUUGAACAACUGAAGGAAGGGAUUCAGAAGAGCAUCAAGACGUUACCCAGACAGAAGCCCUACACCUGGAAGUUGGUCCAGGGCUGUGCCGUCAUCGGACCAGACAUGUUGUGGUACCGGGGACAGGUGCUGGAGCUGCUGGGAGGUCACGUUAAGGUACAAUAUGUGGACUACGGUCUGGUUGAGAACAUCCCAGUGGUUCAUGUGUAUCCCAUGCUACUGUGUGUGGAGGUUCCUCAGCUCUGCAUGCCCUGCCAGCUCUUUGGCAUCAACCCUGUUGGUGGGAAAUGGCAACGAGACGGAGUAGCUUUGAUGAGGGAGGUGUUACUGAACCGAUCCGUGGGCAUGCAAGUUGUGGCGCUGCCGGCUGAGCCCCGGGGGGCUGUCACCGUGGAGAUCUUCCUGGAUGGGAUGAGUCUCAGCAGGAUUCUGUGUCACAACGAACACGCCUCCAUGGACGGCGCUCUCUCAACAGAAAAGAGUCUGGUAGUGAUGCCUCCUGCCUCCAUGCUGGAUGUCUGGGAUAUCAACACUGAGAGUCUAAUGGGCCCAGAAGAGCCAGUGUUGGGGUCCUUUGUUAGCCCAAACCUGCCACUAGAGGGAGAACACUUUGAAGUCAGGGUCACACAUUUGUGGACCCCCAAUGAGCUGUUCCUGUGGCCCCUGAAGGACAUGGCUGGCUCAGAGAUGAUGGACGAUUCUUUGGACGAAGCUUUGACUAGAAUCAAUGCGAACAUCACCUCUUUGCCCCGACUGACCAGCUUUCCAUAUGGUGGUCCAUGUUUGGCAGAGUACAGCGAUGGCAAGUACUACCGGGCCAGGCUGAUGAAGUUCACCAGCAUAGAGCCUCUCGUGAUCUUGGUUCAACAUGUAGAUUUCGGAUCUGACGACUCUCUGCCAACCAGCAAGCUGCGACAAAUGCCAUCUGAGCUGCUGCUGUUUCCGACACGCGCAAUAAAAGUCAAAGUCGCUGGCUUCAAGGCGCCGAGCGUGGAGCGGCGCGGAGACGUUCUGCCGUACUGCCCUGCGUGGAGCGUGAAGGCUGUGAUGGAAAUGACAGAUCUGCUGCACAACAACAUCACAGCAACUGUUGUUUCACGAGAGCCAGAGCUCAAAGUUCAGCUGUACAACGAGGACAGAGAGCUGGUCCAUCUGCCUCUGGUGAACAGCGGAUUGGCUGAGCUCGACUAAAACUUACAGGUAUUCUUGUUCCCAUUGUUUUGGGCUUCAGAUAUUGUUUUAUUAAUGCUGCUCUUAGUUUAUACUUGUUGGGGGGGAAAUAAGUUGCAUCAAUCUGUUCAUGUUUGACUGUUGAGUUUAAAUAACCAAUGUUUUCAUGACCA